GGCCGCGUACUGGUCAGUCCUCGCCUCUGCAAGAUUGGCUGGGCCCGACUGUGGAGGCGGGACCCGUUUUGGCCCCGGCGGCCGUUUUGUGGACGAUGCUCAAAGAAAGGCUUGCAGGGUCUGGAGCUCAGCACGUCGGGGGUGGGUGCAGCUUCGUUCCGGAGACAUUGGCCUGGUUCUCGGCAUGGAAUGAAACAGUUGAGCUUUUUCGAGCUAGGAUGCCCUUACGGAAACAUCGCUGUCGUUUCAAAAGUUAUGAACGUUGCUUCACAGCGGCCGAAGCUGUGGAUUGGCUGCAUGAGCUGUUGAGGUGCAGUCAGAACUUUGGCCCCGAAGUGACCCGCAAACAAACUGUACAGCUGCUGAAAAAGUUCCUCAAGAAUCAUGUUAUUGAAGACAUCAAGGGAAAAUGGGGUCAGGAAGAUUUUGAAGACAAUCGUCGCUUGUACAGAUUUCCUCCUUCCUCACCCCUGAAACCAUAUCCAAAGAAGCCUGCAUACCAAAAGGAUGUUAUUAAAUUUCCAGAAUGGAAUGACCCCCCACCAGGCACUUCACAGGAGAACAUCCCAGUGAGGCCAGUCGUGAUGAACUCUGAGAUGUGGUACAAGCGUCACAGUAUUGCCAUUGGAGAGGUACCGGCUUGUCGUCUUGUCUACCGCAGACAGCUGACAGAGGCCAAUGUAGAAGAGAUAUGGAAGUCUAUGACAUUAGCAUAUUUACAGAAAAUCCUUGGCUUGGAGUCUUUGGAAGAAGUCUUAGACAUUCAACUGGUCAACUCCAAGUUCAUCAUCCAUAAUGUGUAUAGUGUGAGCAAGCAGGGAGUUGUCAUCCUUGAUGACAAGUCAAAAGAGCUUCCUCAUUGGGUACUGUCAGCUAUGAAGUGUUUGGCUAAUUGGCCUAAUUGUUCAGAUUUGAAGCAGCCUAUGUACUUAGGAUUUGAAAAAGAUGUCUUUAAAACCAUAGCAGAUUACUAUGGUCACUUGAAAGAGCCUCUACUUACAUUUCAUCUUUUUGAUGCCUUUGUCAGUGUAUUAGGUUUAUUACAGAAAGAGAAAAUGGCUAUUGAAGCUUUUCAGAUAUGCUGCCUCCUCCUGCCACCAGAAAAUAGGAGAAAGUUACAGCUCUUGAUGAGGAUGAUGGCAAGGAUCUGCCUAAAUAAGGAGAUGCCACCCCUGUGUGAUGGCUUUGGGGCCCGAACACUGAUAAAAUACCCAGGAGCCGAUAUGGAUAUCACUUUAUCUGCCCCGUCAUUUUGCCGUCAAAUCAGUCCAGAGGAAUUUGAAUACCAGAGAGCAUACGGCUCUCAGGAACCUCUGGCAGCUUUGUUGGAGGAAGUCAUAACAGAUGCCAAACUCUCCAACAAAGAGAAGAAGAAAAAAUUGAAGCAGUUUCAAAAAUCCUAUCCUGAAGUCUACCAAGAACGAUUUCCUACCCCAGAAAGUGAAGCACUUCUGUUUCCUGAGAAACCGAAACUGAAACCACAGCUGCUAACGUGGGCACUAAAAAACCCUUUCCAACCAUUUCAAAGAACUAGAAGUUUUCGGAUGUAGUACUUCCAUAGCUGUUAGAGAUCUCUGUUGUUGUUGCCUUGAGCAAAUGUGUGGUUAGAGGAGGACGAUGGCGGUGGAAGAAAGAAGAGCAUAAAAUAGAGACUACUGAAAUAUAAAAUGAUCGGACUUCCAAAAAUGUUGAGCCAUUAUCAGUAUUUUUAUAAAACUCAGUGCUAUUUUUAAAAGUGUAAAAAUCAGUUAAAAUUUAGACAAAUAUAUAGUGGUAAUGUUAACGUGUUUGUAAUUGUUACAAAAUUUAAGGGUAUUUUUAUUUUUUUAUUCAUUGUUUUUCAUGGUGUUAAUAAAAUAAUUGUAUGCACAUUUUAGUUACUGAUGUCUUUGUUAUAACCAAGUCUUAAAAAUAGUGUCUAUACUUGAAUAAGAAAGACACUGGGUACUGUUACUGUGAUGCUGUUGACAUCAUAGUUUAAUAGUUGUGAUUUCUCUUGUGUAAAAUCUGGUUUUCAAUGUUGCACAAAGAUUCUUAAUGUCCUAUAUUAUGAUGGCUGUGUCUUUUAUUGCAGAUUCAUUGGUUGUUAUGUCAGAUAUAACUAAAGCUGGUUCUUUAAUAACAUAUAUAUUAGCAGGUGUUUACCUCUAAGUGGAGUAGAUUUUCAUUUUCCUGCGGUGGUAUAAUUUCAGUCGUGGCUGAAAACGGAGAAUUGAACUGAAUAAAGUUUUUUGGUCCCCUUACACCUGUGAUUGUAAGUCAGAUCUUCGUUAUCUCAUUAAAACACAAAUGGAUUAAGUAAAAUGAGACCAUUUCCUUUAUAAAUAUGUUUCCCCCAGCUUCCUCAUCCUUUUGAAAGUAAAUGGAAUGUAAAUAAAUACUUUUUUUUUUAAUACUAUACGUGGGUUUUUUUUGGCAUUUCUUUAGGUUAGUUAUAGAACAUCCUCAAAUGCUGAACAUCAUUAUCUUUGCCAGUGUGCUCACAUCAGUCACUUAUUUCUAUGAUAGAAUAAGUGACAUUUAGGCUUUUGUGCUAACCUUCAGGAGGUGCUUUGUCCAUUUCUUUUGCUUUGCUUUGCCCUUUUGCAAAUAAUGGUACACUUAGAUUAUGGAGCAUCUGGAGGCCUUCUUUAUAAGCAAUUACCCUAGAUCUUAAGAGUAACAGUCACUAAUUGGCUUGUUCUGCCCUUUGGACUGAAUUUUCCUUGCCUUUGUGAUCUGGCCCUGUUCUUUUGUAGCAGAAUGCCUCCUACAUUUGACUCAGAUUUUGUUUACUUAAAAAUGGAUAAAAGUAUUCCUAUUGAUUUGAGUACCACCUUUCCUUCCAAAUACAUAAAGUAAUGGGAGAUUUUUAGUGUCUCAAUAUUUGUUUUCAGACCUUGGAAUGUGUAGAACAAAGAAUAAGUCUACUUCUGCUCUCUUUGCUCUCCAAUGCAGAAUGUACUUUCCAGAGUCUUCUCUCCUGUUGCUUAUCUUUAGAAAUAUAUGUGACUGGUUUUUUUUCCCCCUUAAGAUUACAUUUUUAAAAAGAUUUAUUUAUUUAUUUUAGAGAGAGAUCAUGGAGGGACGGGGGAGAGGGAGAGAGAGAGGAUCUCCAACAGACUCCCAGCUGUGCGAGGAGCUCAGUGUGGCCUGAUCACACGACCCUGAGAUCAUGACCUGAGCCAAAAUCAAGAGUCGGACACUUGGGGCGCCUGGGUGGCACAGCGGUUAAGCGCCUGCCUUCAGCUCAGGGC